UGUAAAGCUGCUAAGCUAGCUUGUUUGUGGCCAUGCCAAGUCCCUUGUCUAUAUAUAAAUUAAGUAGGAGUAUUGCAUAGCUAGCUAGGAAAGAGAGUGACAGACAGAUCAUCGAGAAACAAAGAAACAAUGGGCCGGCCGAGGGAGAAUGGACCGUCCUCGUCUUCCAUUGGCUUGGGUGGCCCUCGCCGCUCGCCGCUGCUGCUCCUCCCCUUGGUGGUGGCGGUGCUGCUGCUCAUCGCAAGCAGCAGCUGCUGGUGUGCGGCGGCGGAGGCGCGUCGUCGGAAUGUGAUCACGCACAUCAAGGGGUUCGAAGGCCCGCUGCCCUUCCACCUCGAGACAGGGUACGUGGAGGUGGACGAGGAGCACGGCGCGCGUCUCUUCUACUACUUCAUCGAGUCGGAGAGGAACCCGGCGGAGGACCCCCUCAUCCUCUGGAUCACCGGCGGCCCAGGAUGCUCCGCCCUCUCCGGCCUCCUCUUCGAGAUCGGCCCUCUCAAGUUCGAUGUCGCGGGGUACACAGAAGGGUUUCCACGCUUGGUCUACUUCCAAGAUUCGUGGACCAAGGUGAGCAACGUCAUCUUCCUGGACGCGCCGGUGGGUACGGGCUUCUCCUACGCGCGGGAGGAGGCCGGCCUCAACGUCAGCCUCACCGAGUCCGGGCGGCAGCACCACACCUUCCUCCGCAAGUGGCUGGCCGACCACCCGGAGUUCGCCAGCAACCCGCUCUACAUCGGCGGCGACUCCUACUCCGGCUACACCGUCCCUGUCACCGCGCUGGACAUCGCCACCCACAACACUGACACAGAUCAUGAGGAGGAGGAGGCGCCGAAGCUGAACCUGGUGGGCUACCUGGUGGGCAACGCGGCGACGGACGACCGGUACGACACGGGGGGCAAGGUGCCGUUCAUGCAUGGCAUGGGGCUCAUCUCCGACGAGCUCUACGAGGCCGCCAGGGUGGGCUGCGGCGGGGACUUCUACAAGAGGCCGGAACCCACCAACGCGCGCUGCGCCAACGCGAUGCUGGCCAUCAACCUGGUCACCUUCGCCGUCAACCCCGUGCACAUCCUCGAGCCCUUCUGCGGCGCCGCGGUGCGCGCCAACAGCAUCUUCCCCGAUGGCGAUGGCGAUGGCGGCAGGCGGUCGAUGCUGGACGACCUGAAGCUCCCGGUGGAGUGCAGGGACAACGGGUACCGGCUGUCCUACAUCUGGGCGGACGACCCGGAGGUGAGGCAGGCGCUGGGCAUCCACGACGGAUCCAUCGGCUCCUGGAGCCGCUGCACGUCGCUGACGCACUUCCGGCACGACAUCGCCACCGCCAUCCCCUACCACGUCAACCUCACCAAGGCAGGGUACAGGGCGCUAGUGUACAACGGCGACCAUGACCUGGACAUGACCUUCGUGGGCACCCAAGCGUGGAUCCGAUCGCUGGGCUACCCCAUCGUCAGCGACUGGCGGCCAUGGUUCGCCAACCGACAGGUCGCAGGCUUCACCAGGACCUAUGCCUACAACCUCACUUUCGCCACUGUCAAGGGGGGAGGACACACUGCUCCGGAGUACAGACCCAAGGAGUGCCUGGCCAUGCUGGAUCGAUGGACAUCCCCUGCAGGCCAGCUCUGAUAGAGGAAUUUGGAGCUCUGAUAGAGGAAUUUGGGAAUUGAUACGCUAGCUAGCUAGCUAGUGUAUGCCCAAUCCCUCCAUCUUAUAUUCGGAGUCAUGCAUGUGAUAAAUAAUUUAAACAAUAAUUAAGCUCAAAUUCAUUGAUUUGGGAGAACUAGCCUUAAUUCAUUGGGAGAACUAGCCUUACUUCACUAGCUUAAUUAUACUAGUAUUUGGCACUUUUUCGACCAAGAUGUUGUUCUUCAAAUUAAUAUAUACUUACACACUUUGCGCA